AUGGUCGUCAACACUGGAUUUACGUGGCGGAAAGAACUGAUGUGCGCGCACGCGAUGGAACACUACUACCGCCCCGAACCCUACCAGCAGCAAGGCUACCAGGAUAACUUCUACUCCUACGCCCACCACAACGGCCAGAGCAGCACCGACCCCCACUUCCAGUGCUGCCUCUCCGAUAUCCCCGAUCAGGAGCUGAAUCACUUUGCUGAAUGCGUCUCCGACUGCCCGCUCCUCCCCAUCCAUAACAGUGAUAUCGACUCGACGUUUGGAACGAUUCUACCGGAACCCUGUCCGAGCUGUGACCCUUCUCAGCCGGCCGUGCCUCUCGGCUCCUUUACACACUCAAUCCACCCUUCAAACAAUGAGAAUGGCUACAUCUGUGCUCACUCGGUGCUCCUCCACAACCACAACAACCACGAGAACAUCCACCUCUCCCAUGGCCACGUCCAGAAGCCCAGACCAUCCACUCCGGUUCAAAAAUUGGCACAAGAAUUGGCAGAGGAAUGCGAACACUUCCUGAGACCGGAUGAGUGCUACAAGUGCAGCAGAACCUGCGACAGCGUUCCUCUAUCCGAUUGCUCUGAUGAGAAGAGCUACGACUCUGACGUGAAGAAGAUCAGAAACAAGGAAGCCGCCCAGAAGUACCGCAACAAGAUCAAGUCCCGAUUCUCCACUCUAGUGGAAGAGGAGAAGAAGUUGGCCACGAAGAACCUGAAGUUGCAGAAGGUCGUCGGGGAGCUGGAUGCACAGGUUCAAUGGUACCGCCGUGCCCUCCUUGAAAACGCGUCUGAAUGGAAGAGGAUGGUCGGCCUUGAUCAGUGC